AUGUAUCCACCACAGGAAGGAAAGCCAUCCUACAAUCAGCCACAACCAGGUGCUGCCACAGGCUUUCCGGUCAGCUACAACAGCAACCCAUCCACAUACUCCGGCACCACAUCCUCCGACUACCAGCCACCUCCUCCUCCGCCUAAGCCUAUAGUUGACUGGUCCACCGGUCUUUGUGAUUGCUGCUCUGACCCCGGAAAAAGUUGCAUAACAUUUUGGUGUCCAUGUAUUACUUUUGGCCAAGUCGCAGAAAUCAUCGACAAGGGAUCAACUUCAUGUGGUGCUAGUGGGGCACUGUACACGUUGAUUUGUUGUGUGAUUGGGUGUGGUUGUUUGUAUUCUUGCGUCUACCGUUCAAAGAUGAGACAACAAUAUGGUUUGAAAGGAAAUGAUUGUACGGAUUGUAUCAUUCAUUGUUUCUGUGAGACUUGCGCCUUGUGUCAAGAAUAUCGCGAGCUCAAACACCGUGGAUUCGACAUGGUUAUUGGGUGGCAUGGAAAUGUUGAGCAACGAACUCGAGGGAUAGUGAUGGCUUCAAAUGCCGCUACAACUACCGCUCCAACUGUGGAAUUAGGCAUGAGUCGUUGA